AUCCUGAGCCAUCGGUUCCUGUUUAAGAUGGAGCCGCUCUGAAGCCCAUAGGCAGUUCUGUGAGCAGCUGACAUCAUCUCAACUGUUGAAUUUAAUCACUCUGGUGAUCUUCUUGCAACGGGAGACAAGGGCGGCAGAGUUGUUAUUUUUCAGCGGGAACAAGAGAAUAAAAGCCGCCCUCAUUCUAGGGGAGAAUAUAAUGUUUACAGUACCUUUCAAAGUCAUGAACCAGAGUUUGACUAUUUGAAAAGUCUAGAAAUUGAAGAAAAAAUUAAUAAAAUUAGGUGGUUACCACAACAGAAUGCUGCUCAUUUUCUACUCUCUACAAAUGAUAAAACGAUUAAGUUAUGGAAAAUAAGUGAACGGGAUAAAAGAGCAGAAGGCUAUAACCUGAAAGACGAAGAUGGACGGCUUCGGGACCCGUUCAGAAUUACAGCACUGCGGGUCCCAGUAUUGAAGCCCAUGGACCUUAUGGUAGAAGCAAGUCCACGACGAAUUUUUGCAAAUGCUCACACAUAUCAUAUAAAUUCCAUUUCAGUGAAUAGUGAUCAUGAAACAUACCUUUCUGCAGAUGACCUGAGAAUUAAUCUGUGGCAUUUAGAAAUCACAGAUAGAAGUUUUAACAUUGUGGACAUCAAGCCUGCCAACAUGGAAGAGCUGACGGAGGUGAUCACCGCAGCCGAGUUCCACCCGCACCAGUGUAACGUGUUCGUCCACAGCAGCAGUAAGGGGACCGUCCGGCUGUGCGACACGCGCUCCUCGGCCCUGUGCGACAGGCACUCGAAGUUUUUUGAAGAACCUGAAGACCCCAGCAGUAGAUCCUUCUUCUCAGAAAUAAUCUCCUCCAUCUCAGACGUGAAAUUCAGUCACAGUGGUCGGUACAUGAUGACCCGAGACUACCUGUCAGUGAAGGUAUGGGACCUCAACAUGGAGAGCCGCCCCGUGGAGACCCACCAGGUCCACGAAUACUUGCGAAGCAAGCUUUGUUCUCUGUACGAAAACGACUGCAUCUUUGACAAGUUCGAGUGCUGCUGGAACGGCUCAGAUAGUGCGAUUAUGACUGGGUCUUACAACAACUUCUUCAGGAUGUUUGACAGAAAUGCACGGAAGGAUGUCACCCUAGAAGCUUCCAGAGAGAACAGCAAGCCUCGAGCCGGCUUGAAGCCUCGGAAAGUAUGUACGGGCGGUAAGAGGAGGAAAGACGAGGUCAGUGUGGACAGUCUGGACUUCAAUAAGAAGAUUCUCCACACAGCCUGGCACCCCUCGGAGAAUGUCACUGCUGUGGCUGCCACCAAUAACUUGUACAUAUUCCAGGACAAGGUCAACUAGGGUGCUCGGGGGUACUGCGUCUGGUCUCGCAAAGUAAGCUCACUGCCUCCUGCCAGAGGGAAGGCGCUCCCCUCCAUGCCGCGGGGGACGCACUGUGCGCCCUCCAUGGGUGGGAGGCUGGCCACAUGCAGCCCGGAGGGGCUGCAUUCUCUGCCAGGUGAGCCACAUGUGUCGCCACUCACACGAGAAGCCCACUCAAACCAGAACUGAUGGACCGUGCUCAAUAAAGGCCGUUACUCAAAUAAAUGGGUUUACUUAA